AUGUCACUUCCUGGAAACAGCAUUUCUAUCGGUCUUACCAUUCGUUAUCCACCACCAGGAGACCCAGAGAACUUUCACUGGCUAAUGUGGCUGGUCGCAGCCGACACAAAGAACGGCAUAUGUGUGCAUGCAAAUAAUAACUCCGGUGCCUUCAAAUUCGAAGCCAAACCAUGGAACGCAGCUACAUCUCAAAGUCUUUCGGCUCUUGUUCAAAUCGGAACUUUGAAUAAACAUACCAUCGAAACGCUUACUGCGUUGCUCAAAGCCAUCCCCAUGGCAAGUCCAGAUGAAGAUCGUGGUGCAGUGUUCAAUUGUCGUAUCUGGGUCCGCGAGGCUGUGCGAGUACUCGAGAGAAAUGGUGUACUCAAGUGUGACAGUGUCGAUGCGCUACAAGCAGAGUUGCUACAAUAUGCUCAAGAAAAUAGGGAGAAUGUUGAGCAGGGUAAAGGCAAAGCAACUUUCCAUGUUUCUAAGGUUUCCAGGUAA